AUGAUUUCGGCUUGCACUUUAAUUGCAUUUAAAAGAAAUGAAUUGAAUCUUUUUUGGAGUGGUAAUUUUUAUGAUGAGAUCCUACUUGAUCCAUUUAAAAAUGAGAUGGAUAAAAAGUCAGUCAAAUUGAUAAGCUUUUUUAAUAUUGGAGUGUCUUAGGACUUGAAAAAGAAGUAUGCACUUAAUUCUGGAGCAGAAUAACCAGCAGCUGUAUACGAACCUUUUGAAUUAGUAAAGGAAAAUUAGGAAGGCGAGUUGAAAUUAGACUCAAUUCUAUUUGAAGGAUUAUAUUCAUUUUAGGAGGUAUAUACAACACAAAAUUAAACCUAUGGAAAUAAUUAGUAUAAAAUAAAUUAAUAAGAAAACACUUUGGUAGAGAAUCAAAAAUAAUAAUAAGAAAUUUAAACUGAUCUUAAAGAAAAGAAGGAUACUGCUUUAGUUGACUCAAUAUUGUAGAAUAGUCAAGAGAAUCAACCUCUUAUCAAUAGAGAUAAGAAUGAUGAUAAGGUAGAGAAUCCAUAGUAGGAUCAAUAGAAAAAUAUUGAUCUCAAUCAAAAAGGUCAAAAUGAGGAUGUAUCUAAAAUUAAUAUUGAAUCUAAAACGUCUCCUGAUGUUAUAAAGCAGAAAUCUUUGGGAAAAGCAACGAUUGCCUAUAUUGAGAGUAAAAAGCUUGAGGAAGCAAUUUUAGAAUCUCCAAUCAUUUAUUCUAAGAAUAAUGAAAAAUAAUCUUAGAAUAAUGAACCAAACAAGAAAUAACAAAAGGCGGACAUUUAAAUUGAAAUUAAUGAAUAAUAAAAGGUCGCUUAGGGAAAUCAAAAUAAAUAGAGUAAUCAAUAAGAUAGAGUGGAUAAAGUUGAGCAAAAAUAAAAUCAAGAAUAAUAAAAUAAUAAAGUUUUCACUUCACCUGCUCGAUAAAAGUAUUAGGUUGAUCCUCCAAAAGCUAAAGAACCUUAAGUUGAUCGCUUUAAAUAAAAGUAAUAACUAAGGCAAUAGAAUGAGGGUUUUAAAAAAAACUUAGAGUUCUUCCAAAAUCAAGAAAAAGUUGGAAAUUUUAAGGCUCCUGUUAAAAAAUGAGCAUAUUUUGUUAUAUUAAAAUAAACAGACUUUUUAUUCUAAAUA